AUCGCCGUGAACCCACAGUCUGGCCUUGUGUUGGCGGGAAGAGGUCGCGUUCGAAAGCUAGUCUCAUAUACACGCGCCACACAUGGCAGGAGGUAAAGCCGGCAAAGACUCCAAAGCAAAGGCGAAGGCCAUUUCGCGUUCGGCGCGCGCAGGACUUCAAUUUCCUGUCGGUCGUAUUCACCGUCAUCUCAAACUCCGCACCACCAGUCACGGUCGAGUAGGAGCCACAGCCGCCGUCUACUGCGCCGCCAUUCUGGAGUAUCUGACAGCGGAGGUUCUAGAAUUGGCGGGUAACGCUUCGAAGGACUUGAAAGUGAAACGUAUCACUCCACGACAUCUUCAGCUGGCAAUUCGAGGCGACGAGGAGCUCGAUUCUCUCAUCAAAGCUACCAUUGCGUGGGGAGGUGUUAUCCCACAUAUCCACAAGAGUCUCAUGGCGAAGAAGACGCCCAUUCCGAAGCCCGGCGCCCCUCAACCUCAGUAAUUGAACGUGGUCGAAACUGUCGCUGACUACGUGGCUUCUAUUGCCAUGUUGAGUCUUAAUUUUAGACACCGCGUGUGUUUUUAGGUUCGUGGAGCGUUCUGUGGUGUAUAUAUGCUUUUCAUGUCAUCGUGUUAUACAACGCGCAUGCGCGCCAUGUGAACUCUACUUCGCAGCACCGCAUACUUAUGUUGUACGCUCUAGAAAAUAAUAAAAUGUCAGUAAACUUA